GGAUGAAAAGCAUAUGCCACCACACCUGGUGGGUCUUCGUGUGGGAAAAGGGCUACCAGGAGAAGGACUCCGUGGUCAGCUCCGUGACGACCAAGGCCAAAGGUGUGGCUGUGACCAACACUUCUGAGCUGGGGUUCCGGGUCUGGGAUGUGGCUGAUUAUGUGGUCCCUGCUCAGGAGGAAAACUCCAUCUUUGUCAUGACCAACAUGAUCAUCACUGUGAAUCAGACCCAGGGCACCUGUCCCGAGAUUCCCGAUAAGACCACGGUGUGCCAAACCCACGCUGACUGCACCUUGGAUUCCGCGGGCACCCACAGCAAUGGAGUCAGGACAGGGAGGUGUGUGCCAUUCAACGCGUCUGUGCAAACCUGCGAGGUGGCGUCCUGGUGCCCGGUGGAAGACGACUUGCAGGUGCCCAGACCUGCUUUUUUAAAGGCUGCAGAAAACUUCACGCUUUUAGUUAAGAACAACAUCUGGUAUCCCAAGUUCAACUUCACCAAGUCUUGUGUCGCUCGGUCCCCACCAUCACCCGAUUCUUGGGGCCCGAGUGGGAGCCCACGCCAGCCCCGGCGUCCCUGUCCGCCUCACCCGCCGCCCUCCCCCAGGUUCGCCAGGUACUACAGGGACCUCGCUGGCCAGGAGCAGCGUACGCUCAUCAAGGCCUACGGCAUCCGCUUCGACGUCAUCGUGUUCGGAAAGGCCGGGAAGUUCGACGUCAUCCCCACCAUGAUCAACGUGGGCUCCGGCCUGGCGCUGCUGGGCGUGGCGACAGUGCUGUGCGAUGUCAUCGUCCUCUACUGCAUGAAGAAGAGGUACUACUACCGGGAGAAGAAGUACAAGUUCGUGGAGGAUUACGAGCAGGGCCUUGCUGGGGACACGGACCAGUGACCCUGCCCCCUGGGCCACACCAGGCUCCCACGGCCCUUGUGGACACACAGAAGAAGGGGGAAAUGGCUGCUGUGUUGCCCAAGAAUGUUCUGGAUUUGGGCUCCGUCUCCACAAGGACUUGGGGCCAGCAGCGCUGUGUUCUCUGUGGAGGGAGGGUCCCUCUGCCCCACGCAGUGGUUGCGUUGUUUGCUAGGCCACCUCUCCAUGGGGUCCCAAUGAGUGGCCAGCCCGAGGCAGCGACACCGCUGUGGCUCCCAGGGCUGCCUCAGUGUCCCCUCAGGACAGGUCCAAGCCUCAGGCACAGCAGCCCUGUUCCAGCACCUUGUGAGGAAAAGAGAACCCAGGUGUGCUGGCGCACACUUGUCAUCCCAGCACUCAGGAGGCUGAGGCAGGACGGUUGCUGUAAGUCUGAGGUCAACCUGGGCUAC